CAAUACCAGGAUGCCAUCAGAGCUCACAAAGCUGGACGACCUGUCAGCUUGUCUGACCUGCCCGUGCCGCCAGGCUGUCCACCACUUCAGGGCUCAGAGGGGGGCCAGCAGAACCUCAUGGGUGUCCUGGAAACAGCCAUGAAAAUAGCCAAUCAGGAUGCAGACGCAGAAGAUGAUGAAGAAGAGGAUGGACAAGGAGAGGCUGCCAAGCCUGCAGUGCGUCCACCCGCUCAGAAGGCAAAGUCUCCUGCUCCUCAGGCCCCCGGAGGUUCCUCAUCUCUAAAACUGGGAGCCAAAGCCCAGCAGCAAGUGGAUUUCCUGUUGCUAAGGCGACAGGCUUUUUUGCGUGCCGCGCUGCGCUCCAAACAGAUGAAGGACAUGACUGGAGCAGCGCAGCACCUCAGACACUCCAAGGGACUGGAGCCCAUGAUCACCGCUGCCAAGUCCGGCCUACCUGUUGAUAUUUCCAAGAUUCCCAGUGCUCCAGUCAGUGAGGAGGACUACUCCCUGGCUCGCUCCCGUACCUCCCCUUCCCCUCGCUCCAGUGAACAGUACCACCGCCUAAUGGAGCUUUUGCGGAAGCAGCACGAGAAAUGUCUGGGCAAUUCUCAACAGCUCAUACUCUUGGGCAAUGUGGCCGAGGCUCUGAAGUUUGAGAAGCUUGUUGAGGAAUGUAUGAAGAGCAUAGAGAUACUGAAGAAUGCCCACGCGAAGGGCCAGCCAGUCCCCAAGUGCCGCACAGAGAGGACCCUCAACACUGUCAAGAUCCACUCCAGCCUGACACUUAAUGACCUGAUGCUGCACAUCAUCAGAGGCAUCAACCUGCCAGCUCCCGCAGGUGUUUCACCUAAUGAUCUGGAUGCCAGUGUGAAGUUUGAGUUUCCUUUUCCCACUGCGGAGGAGGCUCAGAGGGACAAGACCAGCACAGUAAAGAGCACAAACAGUCCAGAGUUUAAAGAGCAGUUCAAACUCAACAUAAACCGCACCCACCGAGGCUUCAAACGAGUCGUCCAGUCCAAAGGCAUCAAGUUUGAAAUCAUCCACAAGGGAGGCCUCUUUAAAACCGACAAAGUCGUGGGCACUGCUCAGCUGAAGCUAGAGGCUCUAGAAAACCACUGUGACGUUAGAGAGAUCAUAGACGUGAUGGAUGGACGUAAAGCGACAGGUGGCAAGUUGGAGGUGAUGGUGAAGAUCAGAGAGCCUUUAUCAGGAGCUGAUCUCCAGCCGGUGACUGAGAAGUGGCUGGUUGUCGAUCCUGUGUCCACCCUUUCUCCUACAGAGAGACAAAAGGAAAAAAGGAACGGUGAACUUUGUGUGUGUGUUUGUUUGGAUCAGGCGCCAUCUCCUCCUCGGUCUAAACCCAAACAUGAAGCGAGCAGCAGGAGCAGUCAUUCCAGCAACUCUCCUCCACAGUACAAACUCCACAGCUUCAGCCUCCUCAGCUAUGACAGGGAGCGGCUGGAGAGAAAGAUUGCAGAAUACCGAAAGACGCGCCGGGAUCCCCCAUCUGACCUCAUCCAUCAACACAAAGAGGUCACGUACAGACUGCAGUGGCAGAAAGCACAGCUGGAGCGAGCCUCUCCUGCUCUGCUGACAGAUUAUGAAAAUGUGCUGCAGCGCUUAGUCCAAGGACUCGCUGACUCUGUGAAGAAAUUCUCCAGCCAAGGCAACAGGGACGCUGCCAAGGACGCACUGAGCAGGUUGAAGAUGGUAGAGAGCGAGCUGGAAUCGUUAAAAAGGAAACGCACUGGAUGAGAGAAGAGUAAGAGCGGAGAAGACUUGGCUGAAGUACUGUUAUCGCUCUCUCUCGCGCGCGCUCUCUCUCUCUCAUACACACUCAUAUACAGACACUACAGUGGGUACUUUAAGCACCUUUAGCAUGAUUUUAUACUGCUCAUGUCCACAACAACAACUGCAUGAACCUACCUGAUCAUUCUGCCUGUUGAUCUUAUAAAUUGGUCGCCUGCCUCAGUACUACAAAAUAAAUCUGUAACUACAGAGCGACAAAGAAAUUGAAACAAACAUUAAAAGGUGUUCAUGAGCUAAGGACGAGGCAGGCUUAUUGCACUUAAACAAGACAAACACUACAGAAAGCUGCUUGAAGCACAGCUUUACAGACCUUAUCUGUACUAUCAAUUUUUUUAUUCCCAUCUCAUCUUCUUUUGAGAAUCAUUGGUGAAGAGAUCUGUCCCAACACUUUUAAGUUUUACAUUUGAAACCAGCUCAGAGAGACUUUUAGUGUCCAUAGAUGACCAAAACAAUGUGUGCGUGUGCACGUGCGUGCUCUGAAGUGUGUUUAACCAGUGGACUGAGGUGUUUUUAACCCCUUUUCCCAUAUUUCAUGUGUGUGUAAUGAGCUUAAUCUAAUCUGUCUGCUCCAGUGUUCCCAGAUUACAGUAAUCUGCUCCAUUUGGAGUGGUGUGAUAUGGGAAUAAAAAAACGGGGCUUCGGGGCGCCGCAGCCUACAUCCCAUAAUGAGGGAUUAGUGUUUGUGUCACCAAGGAGACGACUAGAUCAGACGUAGAGUCGCCUUUGGGGCUGGGGAUAGGGGGUGUGGGGGCUGUGAAUGUGGUGGAAGCUUAGCUCUGCAAAAGGAUUGCUUCUUCGUCUUCAUCAGCUGUUUCUUCUUUGUUGUCUUCUUCUUCGUCUUCACUUUCUUCACACUAAUUCCUUUGCAUAUAUUCAUAGAUUAUUCAGAGUCACGAGUAAUGGGCUGCUCCACUUGGAUUUUCUCACAAUAUUAAACAAUAUUAAGUCUGUCAUGCUGUCGAUUAGAAAAUAAUGAACAGCUGUGUUGCUAUUUUCCACCGAUAUUGGCAUAUGUAGUUUAUAAACCCAGCUUCUGUCUCACUGAGCUGUCCAGUGGCAGCACAGUGGAUGCUCAAUAGUCUGCUCACAGAACGAAAACCCACUAUGUGUCAGUAAGCCUGGGUAAUUUCUCAUUUCUAUUUUGGUUACCCCAUAGACAUCCCUGUCAUAGGCACCCUGGUCACUCCUCUCUGCAGUUUUCUUUGACUGUGAAGUCAAGGGGACAAAAUUGAGACAAAUCCAGUAAAACUUUAUAAGAUGUGUGACGAAUGCAGACUGGUCUUAAAAUCUGUAAUUUUGUCACAGUAACAGUAGAUGUACAAAACAGUGGUGUGAAAAAUGUGUCAUACCGCUGCAAUGUAUUCUGAGCUCUGUUUCGUGCUCUGGACAGAUGUUUCCCCAGUGCGUUUGACAACCUGAAAGCACACGGCAGCAGACUCUGCUAGUCCACGUUUGAUUUCACGUGGCCAGAAUGUAGCACACUACUUCACAUGAGCCUUACUGUAUGUUUUUAUUUGACUCUUCAAUGUGGAUGAUGUCUGUUAACUCUACUAAUAGUUCUUUGGUCAUGUGACACAGCAGAGGAUCAUGUGUCUGCCCUAAUCCACCCACUGCCUCGCCCCAUUAGCAAAUAAUCCUGGUUAAAGUUGACCUGGUAUGGCCCUCUAUAGUCUGUGUUGAUUUUUAUGUAACACCCCUUCCCCCGCUUUUAUCUGUCUGGAGAGGAUAUCUUCUGACUCUUGCUUUUGUGCUUUUGAUCAGUGAAAUUCUUUUAGAUGGACAUGGCAGUAGAAGGAGAGAUGACAGACCCCUGCUUAUAGUGACAUGAUAACCUUUAAUUUACAAUGGGAUGGCGCCUAAAGGACUCUAUCAACUAUAUUGCAACUUGUAGCUGCUCCAAGUCAUGCACACGUAACAUUUUUGCUGACUGUUUUUCAGUGCAUGCAGAACAGUUUGAGAUUCGAUGUAUUUCCUCUCCUGUGCCAGGCGGCCAUUAGUUUCCAUUUAUUUCUGUGCAUUAUGGAAAUCAUUUAGCAGACUCUUGAAACUUGCUUGACUUUGAGCCAAACAUUUGCCCCACUAAGUAGUGUAAUCCAUCACAGUAAGCAUCAAGUCUGCAUUAAUGCUUGUCAAUGUGUCAUUAUGCGGCAGUACAGUUUAAAUGCUGAUUUAUUUGGAAAGCUCUGCAUUAAUGAUAAAUAUUAAGAUAAUGUAUAACUUUGAUAUAAAUUGACUCAGUGGAUUACACAACUCAAUUUCAAGAGUCUGCUAAUUGGUUUCCAUGCUGUAUGGAAAUUAAUGGAAACCGUUCUGUUCAAAUAACUGUGACUGCAAUGAACAUAUAUUUUUGUUAUUGAUUAAUCUGCUGAUAAUAUUCUAGAUGUUUAGAUUAAUCAUUUGGUCUAUAAAAAGCCAGAAAAUGGUUUUAAAAAUAAAAAAGGGUCUUACAAUUUUAUAAAAUGAUUGUUUUGUCAGAUCGACACUUCAAAACCUGGAGAUAUUCAGUUUACUGUCACAUAAGACAAAGAAAAGUACAAAAAUACUUCACAUUUAUUGGACACAGGAACAUGUUUUGCAGUAGGACUAGCUGUGAGGUAAAAUAAAUGUAGUCUGAAGUAAAUGGGCUAAAACAUGCAAAACAACUGAAUGUGUUUCUGGCGCACUAAGUCAAACAAAAACUGAAAGCGACCACGUAGCUCUGAUAUAACCCUGGGAUGCACAAAAACCGCACUGCACCGCUUUCUUUCACUCCAAAACCUUUUAACCCUGUGUCACCUCUAACACACACACACUACUGCCACUUCAGCCUACCCCUCGAGUAACCUCGUGGCCUCUGAGGCUGUCCUGUUGUCAUGGCAGCGAGCUCAUCAGCAUUCAGUAUGGUCGUUGGACGGUUGGGACCCGGGGAGAGGGACAUAUUGUUAAAGUUUGUCCUGCUGGUGACUAACACUCCUUUCUCGCAUUUACAAGACACCACACACACACGCUCACACACACUCCUUCUCACUCUUUCUCUUUUUUUUAAAUCUGUUUGGCUCUCGUCUCUUUUUUUUUUUUUUUUUUUUUUUUUUUAACCCGACUCUGAAAUCUACCUACAUUCCAUUUUAAAAAGGAGAAACUUUGGUGUAUUGUUUGUCAUUGUGAAUGUCCUGAUCAGCAGCAGUCAAUGUUUCAUUUGGGCUUGGGAAAUACUAUUGUUGGACCUUCUGACAUUUUUUAAAUCCGUUAAGUAAUGUAAGGGCAAUCAAUAUAAAUAUAUUAUUUAUAUACGAUAAAUAUACAGCAUAUUAUGCUCUCUCUAUUUUUAAAUGUAAGGUGGGAUGAUUUGUGCAGCUCAGCGGCAGAAUGUGUGAAGGCCUGAUUGUUUAGGCUUUAUUAUCAAGAUGUAUGAGGUCGGUGUUAACAUGAAUAAAAUGGUGAAACAGCUCUGA